AUGAAGGUUUAUGAUACGUCUAUGAGUGGUAGCUCAGGUGCACAGUUCAGUGAAACCUGCCGGGUCUGGACUGAGGAUACCUGUGUGGUCACCCUGUACGGCGUGUUUACGAGCUGCUCUUCUACCAAGGGCCCCUCUCACUCUCUUCUCCUGGAGUUGCUGGACAUCAGUGUGUCAGAGCUCCUGGUGCAUUCCAGUCAGCACGGCUGCUCCAUGUGGAUGACCCAGCACUGUGCCCGGGAUGUCCUGGAAGCCGUGGCGUUCCUCCACCACAAGGGCUACGUGCACGCUGACCUGAAGCCGCGCAACAUCCUCUGGAGUGCGGAGCAGGAGUGCUUCAAGCUCAUUGACUUUGGACUCAGCUUCAAAGAAGGGAAUCAGGCGCACCGAGCAGCCGCCGAACAAACGCCCUGCCGGUGGAUUGGCACCCGCACAGCCCUCCUCCUUGCACCAACCAGGGCUGCGCUUUCCCCCGAAAGGACUCGUUUGGACACCGAUGCCACCUGCGCAGCCACGAUGAGAGGAGAAGGCGCGUUCAGAAGCCCCACCACCACAAAAGCCUCGGCGCUUCACCCCUUGGCGGCUCACUGACGCCGCCCUUCCCGUCGGAGGCCACGGGCCUGCUGCGUGGCAGGAGGGGGCUCCGGCCGGGACAGCCGAGGCGCUUUCCUUCCACCUCCCUCGGAGGCCAGGC